AUCUGUUUAUCCGUCAGUUGUCAAUAGCCCUUGGUUAUGGUUAGAAAGAUACCUUCCCAAGGUGCACUCAUCGGUCGGUGUUAAUUCAUAAUAAUUAAUUUUCGGUACCUAGUAUUAAGAUAAAAUUAAAUGAAUAAAAUGAAAAAAAUUAUCGGUUUAUGUGCUAUAUAAAUGAGAAAAGUAUAUAACCUAUGAAAAAACAAGUUUUUAUUUAAAAUUUUUUAAAACAAUGUCUAGUCUUGAUUAAAGAUAUAUUCUCAUUUUUUAGCAAAGAAUUAAGCUGUUUUUGAAACGCAAAAUGUCGAAUUCUACAUUAGAUAAUUUCUGUGGCAGUGAAUUUUGGAAUAUUAAUUUAACAUGGAAUACUGAUGAUCCAGAUUUCACCAAAUGUUUUCAGAAAACUGUGCUAGUGUGGAUUCCUUGUUUCUUUUUGUGGGCGUUUUCUAGUUUCGAAGUGUACUAUUUAAUUAAAAGUAAAAAACGAGACAUACCAUGGAACUGGUUAAAUAUAUCGAAACUUGUAGUUACGGGAAUUCUUUCCAUCUUAUGUUUAUCGGAUUUAGUGAAUGCCUUUCAAUCAACUAAUAGUGAUAAUGUUUACAGUGUGGAUAUAUAUUCACCACUUAUUAAGCUGUUCACAUUUGCUCUUUCUGCGCUUCUGAUUGUAUACAACAAGAAACAUGGCCUACCUUCUUCAGGAGUGUUAUUUCUGUUCUGGCUUUUGUUGGCGAUAUGCGGCGCUGUUCAGUUUCGAUCUGAGAUUAGGAGCGCCCAGAGGGGCGAAAUUCCACCGGAAUCCAAUAAUUUUUAUGUCACUUACAUGAUUUACUACCCGCUGGUUUUGUUGAUGUUUCUACUCAACUGCUUUGCAGACAAACCGCCUAGAGAAUCGGUAUAUCCUAAAACUGAGAGACCUUGCCCAGAAGAAAAUGUCAGUUUCUUGUCACGCCUAUUGUUCUCUUGGUUCGAUUCUCUGGCUUGGACCGGCUUUCGGAAACCUUUGGAAACGACGGAUUUGUGGGACAUGAACCCCGAAGAUACGGCCAAGGAAGUCGUACCGUUAUUUGAGAAGAACUGGCUGAAGGUGUUGGAAAAAAGUAGAAGUUACUACGCCACUCAAAAUGCGCAAUUUAAAUCCGAUAUUGACAGCGUAGCUUUUGUCAACAGCAAGAAGAAAAAAGAGGCAUCCGUUUUACCAGCUUUACUGAAGUCUUUCUGGCCCAUGUUCGUAUUCGGGUCAAUAUUGAAACUAGUACAGGACGUUUUGACUUUUGCGAGUCCCCAAAUUUUAGGGUAUAUUAUUACGUAUGUAAGAGAGGGACAAUACGAGUGGAGGGGUUAUUUUUUCAGCGCAAUGCUUUUUAUAGCUGCGACGGUACAAACUUUGCUAAUGGCGCAGUACUUCAAUAGAAUGUUCAUAGUCGGAUUGAGGAUUCGAACAGCUUUAAUAUCCACAAUUUAUAGGAAAUCAUUGAAAAUAUCCAACAGCGCCCGCAAAGAAACUACGUUAGGAGAAAUCGUUAACUUGAUGGCCGUGGAUGCACAGAGAUUUAUUGAGCUGACCGCCUUUCUAAACCUGUUAUGGUCAGCGCCAGUCCAAAUUAUCUUGUCUCUGUAUUUCUUGUGGAAUGAGUUGGGCCCGUCAGUGCUUGCCGGGUUAGCUGUUAUGAUAAUUCUGAUUCCCGUGAACGGAUUCAUUGCAAAUAAAAUUAAGACCUUGCAGGUUAAGCAGAUGAAGAAUAAGGAUGAACGUGUGAAAUUGAUGAACGAGAUUUUGAAUGGAAUUAAGGUUCUGAAGUUGUACGCGUGGGAGCCCAGUUUUGAAAAUCAGGUGUUGAAGAUACGAAACAAGGAGAUAAAGGUUUUGAAAUCGUCGGCUUACUUACACGCUGGUACUUCGUUUAUUUGGGCGUGUGCUCCAUUUUUGGUCUCUCUUGUCACCUUUGCUACCUUCGUAUUGGUGGAUGAGAACAACGUUCUUGAUGCGAAUAAGGCCUAUGUAUCUAUCUCCCUCUUCAAUAUUUUAAGGAUGCCGAUGAGCAUGUUACCCAUGAUGAUAUCGAACUUAGUACAAACGUACGUCUCGGUAAAAAGAAUCAAUAGGUUUAUGAAUGCAGAAGAACUGGACCCAAAUAACGUAACACACGAUUCGUUUGAAGCCGAUCCUUUAAUUAUCGAGAAGGGGACAUUUUCUUGGGGCGACGAUCCUGUUUUGAAAAACAUCAAUAUUCGUUUGAAGAAACAAACACUGACCGCUGUCGUUGGCACUGUCGGUUCUGGAAAAUCCAGUUUAAUAUCGGCCUUCUUGGGAGAAAUGGAGAAAGUGUCGGGUAGGGUGAACACGGUGGGUUCGAUCGCGUACGUCUCGCAACAAGCCUGGAUUCAAAACGCCACAUUGAAAGAUAACAUUUUAUUCGGGAAGGAAUUCCACAAAGAUCUGUAUAACAAAGUUAUCGAAGCUUGUGCCCUUAAAGCCGAUUUUGAAAUGCUGCCGGGUGGGGACCAGACGGAAAUAGGCGAGAAGGGUAUAAAUUUGUCCGGCGGGCAAAAGCAGAGAAUUAGUUUGGCCAGAGCCGUCUACGCUGAUGCCGAUGUCUACUUUUUGGAUGAUCCUUUGAGUGCGGUGGACAGUCACGUCGGUAAACACAUAUUCGAUAAAGUUAUAGGACCUAAGGGACUGUUGCACCACAAAACGAAAGUACUGGUAACUCACGGCAUCACAUAUUUGCCGCAAACUGAUUCCAUAAUCGUGAUAAAAGAUGGCGAGGUGUCAGAGAGUGGCACCUAUCAAGAGUUGUUGAACAAGAAAGGUGCUUUUGCCGAGUUUCUAUUGCAACAUAUCACGGAAGAUGUGGAUACUGACGAUGCUUUGGACGAAAUAACGGAUCAGUUAGUCGGUACAGUCAUAUCCGAGGAAGUAACGAGACGGUUAAGCCGACACCGAUCGCGGGUCUCCGAAUCCCAUUCUGAAAGUGGCUCUGACCGUGUCCGUAAUGGAUCCCUCCAACGCCAGAUGUCUAUCGACAGUACCAACAAAAAUUUACGGCACAGGACUGGUUCGAUAGAGUCCAAGAAUGAGACCCGUAAGGGAAAACUUAUAGAGAUAGAAAAGGCGGAGACCGGUCGAGUUAAAGGAGACGUGUAUAAGCAUUAUUUGAAAGCAGUUGGGAUUAUUUUCACUGUUGGUACGAUGUUACUACACGUAGGAUUUCAAGGUUUUAGUAUCGGUUCGAACCUCUGGCUAGGUGUCUGGGCCGACGACAGUACCCUUUAUGUGAACGGAACCAUUAACACGGGCAAAAGGGAUUUAUACCUCGGAGUUUAUGGGGCUCUUGGAAUCGGCCAAGUAAUCUGCAUAGUAGGUGCCAAUUUAUUAUUCACUAAAGCUACCUUGGACGGAGCAAUCAAAAUUCACAGAUUUUUGUUGAGUAACGUUUUGAGAUUACCAUCAGCAUUUUUUGACGUCACUCCAAUGGGACGUAUAUUGGCCAGGUUUUCAAAUGAUAUAAACGGCGUGGAUAUAAUAUUACCCAUGAAUUUGCAAGUUAUGAUACAAACCACCAUAAAGGUUAUAGGGACUAUGGCGGUUAUAAGUUACACCACCGUUUUGUUUUUGAUCGUAAUCGUACCCAUCGCGCUGCUGUAUUACUUCAUUCAGAGAUUUUAUGUCGCAACUUCCCGUCAACUGAAACGAUUAGAAUCCAUAUCACGUUCCCCCAUAUAUUCGCAUUUCGGCGAAACCGUAACGGGAGUACAAGCAAUCAGAGCUUAUGGGCAAGAAGAGAGAUUUAUUAGCGAAUCAGAGAAAAAAGUGGACCUGAAUCAGAUCUGUUACUAUCCGGGUGCCAUUUCAAACAGAUGGUUGACCAUAAGGCUGGAAAUGAUUGGUAACUUGAUUAUACUGUUUGCGUCCUUGUUCGCCGUUAUAGGAAGGGAACAGGAUCCUGCGUUGGUUGGUCUAAGCAUUUCGUACGCGUUACAGAUCACGCAAACUCUCAACAUGUUGGUAAGAAUGACGUCCGACGUGGAGACUAAUAUAGUGGCAGUGGAACGUAUCAAGGAGUACGGCGAAACUACACAAGAAGCACCUUGGGAAUUACCCAACAAAAAUGUAUCAGCAGUUUGGCCAGAGCAAGGAUCAAUUGAAUUUAAGAAGUACGCCGUAAGAUAUCGGCCCGGUUUGGAGCUGGUUCUAAAAGGCGUCGAUUUCCAUAUUAAGGGUGGGGAAAAGGUCGGCAUUGUAGGGAGGACCGGUGCAGGGAAAUCUAGUUUGACCUUGUCAUUAUUCAGGAUUAUCGAGGCCGCUCAAGGACAAAUCUGCAUCGAUGGUGUCAAUAUCGCGGAAUUAGGGUUGCACACCUUAAGGUCCCGUUUGACGAUCAUUCCCCAAGACUCUGUGUUGUUUUCUGGAACUCUCCGCAUGAAUUUGGAUCCUUUCGACAAGCACUCGGACGAGGAGGUAUGGCGGGCCCUGGAGCAGGCCCAUCUGAAAGGUUUUGUGAAGAGCCUUCCCGCCGGUCUUAGUCAACACAUGUCCGAGGGAGGAGACAAUCUCUCGGUAGGCCAGAGGCAGCUCAUCUGCUUGGCCAGGGCCCUCCUCAGGAAAACUAAAGUGUUGGUCCUGGACGAAGCCACGGCCGCCGUCGAUUUAGAAACCGACGAUCUGAUUCAGACAACGAUCAGGACGGAAUUCAAAAAUAGCACGGUUCUUACCAUAGCCCACAGGUUGAACACGAUCAUGGACUCGGAUAGGGUCAUAGUGUUGGAUAAAGGCGAAAUCGUGGAGUUCGACACGCCGGCCAAUCUGCUGGAAAAUCCAGAAACGAUAUUCUACGGAAUGUGCAAGGAUGCCGGGUUAGUUUAAUUUAUAUAAAAAUGUAUUCCGAAAUAAUCAGGUUGAUCUUUAUGAAUGCUUUGGAUCUCGUUUCAAACGAUAUUAUGAAAUUUGGAACAAAACGUUUAACUAAGUGGAUUUUAAUUUCGGAUAUUGCCAAUACGUGCAGAUUAUAUAUUUAUACCAAGUACAUCCUUUUUAUAUUUUUGUACUUAAUAGAUUUUAUCGUUCAACUUUUGCCUUACGAAAGUGAUACUUAUACAAAAUGUGAUCCUUAUAGCUGUUACCAUUUUUAAUUUAUAGAUAUAUUUUGUAUAUCGUAACAUAAAUAGUACUUCAACCUGAAAGAGAUCAGUAUUUUUACCAGUUUGAUUUGUAAAUACGAAAGUUAAUUUGUUGAGUAACUGAGUAAGCGUUAAAUUUCUUAACAGAUUCCAUGUAAAUUUAUAUACAAAUAUAUAUAAACUUUAUAUUGUUCA